UUUAGUGUAAGAAAAAAAGCCAUAGUAAAAGUGAAGAGCCAGAGAAAAUGGAAAGUAGAAAAGCAGAGUGGUUCAAACCCUUCCCCCGCCGCAUCCCUAACCGGGUAUUCGCAACGGUAUAUUCCGCCGCCAUCUUGGCCCUAUUCUACCGGCAUGCAACCGCAACCACCCACCGCGGCUUCUUCAUAUCCGCGUGGAUGGUUGCUGCCGACAUAACCUUGGCUUUCAUGUGGCUAAAUUCACAGGCUUUCCGCAUCAACCCCGUUGCCUCACGGCUUCAUUCACACCCCUUGCCUGAAGACCUUAUCCCGCCCGCGCUCGACAUCUUCAUAUGCACUGCCGACGCCUCCAAGGAGCCUCCUCUCCGGGUCGCCGCCACCGCCCUGUCGGCCCUGGCCUACGAUUAUCCGCCGGAGAAGCUCUCGGUGUAUGUCUCCGACGAUGGAGCUUCGGAGCUGACUUUGUUUGCUUUGAUGGAAGCUGCCCGGUUCGGGAAGGUGUGGCUGCCGUUUUGCAAAGAGAAUCGGAUCAAGCUGCGCUGCCCACAAGCCUUUUUCGGGUCGGGUAGUGUUACCUUUGACUCUCAGACUUUGAAGAUUAAGGAGCUAUAUGAAGAUAUGAAAAGAAGAGUAGAAGAUAUACUUGAGAAAGGAUAUGUUGGAGAUGAAUACAGAACCAAAGCCUUUAGCAGAUGGGGAAAAGAUUUCACUUCCAUCGAUCAUCCUUCUGUUGUUGAGGUUCUUCUACAAAGUGGUGAAGACAUAGAUGUUGCAAGUUGUUCCAUGCCUAAUCUCAUCUACGUAUCUCGACAGAAGAGACGAACAUCAAACCAUCAUUUCAAAGCCGGAGCUCUCAAUGCUCUACUACGGGUCUCAGCAACAUUGACAAAUGCUCCAAUAAUCUUGACCUUGGACUGCGACAUGAUCUCCAACGAUCCAUCCACACCCCAAAACAUUCUGUGCUACUUCUUGGACAAAUCAGUUAAUCCCAACUUAGGAUAUGUUCAGUUUCCUGCCCGAUUUCAUGGGAUCAACAAAAGAGAUACUUAUGGUUCCGAGAUGAAGCGCAUGUAUCAAAUCAACCCUGAGGGAAUGAAUGGGCUUGCAGGCCCCGACUACUUUGGAACUGGCACAUUCUUCAACCGGAGAGCUUUCUAUGGUGGCCCAUCUUCCAUGAUCGGGCCGAUAGAUCCCGAUCAUCUUGUCAAGAACCACAUCAAUGAUCAAGCUAUUUUAGAGCUAGCUCAUGAUGUUACUACAUGUGAUUAUGAGAAGGACACCAAUUGGGGCUCCGAGGUAGGGUUUCGAUAUGGGUCAUUGGUGGAGGACUACUAUACCGGCUAUAUGCUACAUUGUGAGGGAUGGAAGUCUGUAUUUUGCAACCCUACAAGGCCGGCCUUUCUGGCUGAGAUGCCGAUUGCCCUAAACGAUGUCUUAGCUCAAACUAAACGAUGGAAUGUUGGCCUUCUUGAAGUGGCUCUUUCGAAGCAUAGCCCCUUGACAUUCGGAAGAAGAUAUAUAGGCUCAUUCAUGGCUCAUUGUUACUCUUACUAUGCCUUUGGACCCUUUUGGUCAGUUCCCAUCAUGUUCUACGCUUUCAUCCCUCAAAUAACCAUGCUCAACAACAUCUCCAUCUUCCCCAAGGCCUCAGAUCCAUGGUUUUUCUUGAAUAUUUUCCUAUUUCUUGGUGCUUAUGGACAAGACUUGAUAGAGUUCACUUCGGUUCGAAAAUGGUGGAAUGAUCAGAGAAUGUGGCUGGUGAGGGGGCUUUCUUCCGACCUUUUUGGAACAUUAGAAUAUAUAAGCAAUCUGUUGGACAUUGGUAGGAGAUCAUUCAAUGUGACAAACAAAGUAGAUGAUGAAGAGAUGAGGAAACGGUAUGAUGAGGGGAUGUUCGAAUUUGGGGUUUCGUCUCCCAUGUUUGUGCCGUUAUCAACGGCUGCUAUCAUAAAUCUAGUGGCGUUUUUGGGGGGAGUCUUACAAUUUCUCAAAGAUAGAGGUUUGGAGGAGAUAUUGGGGCAAAUGGUAGUGACGAGUAUGGGCGUCGCGAAUAGCUUGCCAAUUUAUAAAGCCAUGGUGUUGAGAAGUGAUGGUGGAAGAAUGCCUGCCAAGAUUACCAUCAUUUCACUUGUUCUUGCAUCGCUUCUGUUUAUUGUCAUUUCUUCCAUUGUCAACAUCUGAAAAAGUUUCUCUCUCUCUAUCUCUAGUUUGUAGUUUGUAAUAGUUGUACUAGAUAACUUUGAAGGAAUAAUAUUUACAUGAUGAUAGCUAUUAAGAAUCAAAGGAUGUUGUGUGGAUUCUAAGCCCAUCUUUGGAACGAUGGAAUGGAAAAAUAAAAUAAUAUGAUAUCUCCAUGUUGUCGCUUUAUUUCA